AUGGCGCCCGGAAAACUUGCCGGCUACCUUGGGCGAAGCCAUCAUUGUGCGGAAGGAUGUGGCGCCGAAGCCCUGGAUGUUCUAGCGAACCCAUUCCAGCGCGAAGGUCUGGACCAAGAACCCGUGAGUCCCGUGGUGACGACAACGACGACGUCGCCGUGCGAGGUUCCCGCCAUCGAAGGUCAGGUUGCUGCCCGAGCCAAACUCGUAAACACCCCAGUGAAGCCAGAAUACAACGGGCCUCAGGGCCAGAACGGUGACGAGUGGAGGCCUCUAAGGCUUCGGGAGGUAGGGUGUCCAGAUAUCGAGGAACAAGCAGUUCUCAGAACCGCAUCCCAACUGGAAGCACGAGUCGCCGAAAGCGAGCGCGGAUGCCCCUCCCCGAAACCCUGGUGCAUGAUCGACUGCGGCACAUACCUGAUUCCCAGGAAGUAA